AUGAUUCGAUUCACGUGGCACGGCUUCCUAGCCGUGAUCGCGUUUACCGCGAUCGCAUUCCAGCAGCACGUAACCGCUAAAAAAGACUUACCAGUCAGCGGAUCCACGGCUUCGGCACCAGACCCGCCGGCAGCCACGUACCGACCGAAAGACCACGCAGAGCCGAUAAUUGAGGAAGUGACCGCCAAACAGCUGGAAAGGGUGUUAAACGAAAAGGACUACGUUGCCGUAUUUUGGUAUACCAGAAGCUGUCAUACUUGUGACAAAGUACUAGAAGAACUUGAAAAUAUUGAUGACGAUACUGACACGUUUGGAGUAGAUUUUGUAAAAAUUAAUGAUAAAAGACUGGCUAAACAUUAUGGAAUAAAAAAUUUCCCAGCCCUCACUUACUUCCGAAAGAAAGAACCAAUCAUUUAUGAAGGAGACCUCAUGGAUGAAGACUCAGUAUUAGAGUUUUUAACUAGUUUAGAAGCUUUAGAUUUACCAGAUCGUAUUGAGGAAGUAAAUUCAAAAAUAUUACAGAAGAUUAUUGAAGAUACGGAUUAUGUAGCUGUUUUGUUCUAUAAAGCGGGCUGCAAGAAAUGUGCAAAAGCAUUACAAGAAUUGGAAAAUAUUGACGAUGAAGCAGAUCAGCUAGGGAUUGGAUUCGUAAAAAUACACGACUCGAGUUUAGCAGACGAGUACAAUUUAGGGGACUUGCCGAAGUUGGUUUAUUAUCGGCAUCAAAUACCAAUUGUUUAUGAACAUGAAUUAACUAGAGAAGAAGAUGUUCUCGAGUGGUUAGUACAGAACAAGUCUACAGGAGAUGAAGAAGAUGUUAUUGAGGACGUUACAUCAAAAACAUUAGAUACACUUAUCGGUUCUGUUGAUAACCUUGUUGUGUUGUUUUACGAUAAUGAUGAUGAAGAUUCUUUAAGAGUUUUGAAUGAACUGGAAAAAAUUGAUGAUGAUUGUGACCGUCAUGGAAUACAGUUUGUGAAAAUUGAAGAUCCACAAGCAGCUUCUUCAUUUGGUUUAAAUUCUGUACCUGCAGUUGUCUACUUUGAAAAACAAAUACCAAACAUUUAUGACGGUGACAUUGAAAAUGAAGACGCUCUAUUACAUUGGCUUAUUGAUCAACUUCAAAAAGAUGAAAUUGAAGACAUUACGAAUGAAAUGAUGGAUCGUCUUAUUAAAGAAGGAAAAAAUAUUGCAGUUCUUUUCUAUGAUAAUAACGAUAAAAAAUCUCAAAAAGCAUUAAAUGAACUUGAAAACAUUGAUGACGAAUGUGAUACACUCGGAAUUGUAUUUGUGAAAAUUGAUGAUGAUGAAGAAGCAAAGCUCUAUGGAAUUGAAGAACUACCAGCUUUAUUAUACUUUGAAAAUGGUGUACCAACACUCUACAAUGGCAACUUGGAGGAUGAAGACAAAGUAUUAGAAUGGCUUAGUUACCAAAUAAAACACGACGAAAUAGAAGAUGUAACUGAUGAGAUGCUUGAUAUUCUAAUAAAUAAAUUAUCAAACGUGGCCGUAUUGUUCUAUGAUAAAAACCAAAAAAAAAGCCAAAAGGUUUUGGUUGAGUUGGAAAAUAUUGAUGAUGAAUGUGAUCAAAGUGGAAUCGCAUUCGUAAAGAUUUCUAAUAUUGAUGAGGCUCGAGAAUACGGCAUAACAACAGUACCAAAACUUAUGUAUUUUGAAAAAAGAAUUCCACAUCUAUAUAAUGGUGAUUUACUUAAAGAAGAAGAAGUUUUAAGUUGGCUAAUACACCAAAAAAGACAUUCGGAAAUACCUGAAGUUACAGAUGAAAUUGUCGACAAGCUUAUUGAGUCUGAAGCUUACUUAGCAGUAUUGUUUUAUGAUAAGGACGAUAGAGAAGAUAUUCGUAUAUUAAAUGAAUUAGAAAAUAUUGAUGAUGAAUUAGAUAAAGAAGGUAUUGUGAUUGUACGGUUGGAUGAUGCGAAUGAAGCUAAAGAGUAUGGCAUCGAUCAUUUACCUACGUUAGUAUACUUCGAAAAUAAAAUUCCGGCUAUUUAUGAAGGUGAUCUUAUAAACGAGGAACAAGUAUUAAAAUGGCUCAUUGAACAAAAAACUACUGCAACCAUCGAAGAAGUUACUGACGAGAUUCUUAAAACCCUUAUCGUUGACCAUGAAUACGUUUUGGUUUACUUUAGUGGAAGAUGUGAAGAAGGAGAAGAAUGUGAUAGCAUUCUCGAUGGGUUUGAAAAUAUCGAUGAUGAAUUAGAUGAAACCGGAAUAGUAUUUGUAACUACUGAAGAUGCAUCCAUCGCUAGAGAAUAUGGACUUAGGGCAUUCCCUUCACUAGUAUUUUUUAGAAAUAAAGAACCAUUAGUCUAUACAGGUGAUUUGGAAGAUGAAGAUGAAGUAUUGACUUGGCUCAUAGAUGAAGAAACUCUUAAGGUGCCUGGACGUAUUGAAGAAGUUAAUACUAAGAUGUUGGAGAAAAUAUUAAAUGAAAAACAAUUUGUUGUUGUAUUUUUUUAUAAAGAAGGAGACAAAAAAAGUCAAAAAAUAAUAUCAGAGUUGGAAAACAUUGAUGAUGAGUGUGAGGAAAAAAACAUUCAAUUUUUAAAAACUUCUGAUGAAGGAAUAGAAAAAGAAUACGAUCUUCCGGGUUUACCAACAUUAUUGUUUUACAGAAACAAAUUCCGAAAAAUUUACACAGGAGAUUUGAUGCACGAAGAAGCAAUUUUAGAAUGGGUUCUCGACUUGCACGAGUCUGAACCAGAUUUUAUUGAGAGUGUUGAUAGAAAAACUCUGCAAACUCUAAUCAAUGAUGUUGAACACUUAGCAGUUUUCUUUUACGAUGAUAAAUGUGAAGCUUGUCCUAGUAUAUUGGAAGAGUUAGAAACUAUAGAUGAUGAUACUGAUAAGGAAGGCAUUCAAUUCGUCAAAUCAACUGAUUCGAAGUUGGCUUCAGAAAUUGGCAUUUUUAGUUUCCCUGCCUUGGUGUAUUAUGAAACGGGAGUUCCAAUCAUGUAUGAUGGGGAUAUUGCUAAUGAAAAUGAAGUGCUUAGAUGGAUGAUAAAACAAAAAACAGACGAAAGCAUUGAACAAAUAGAUAGAGAAAAAUUAUUUGAAUACAUUGAUGAUCAAGACUUUUUAGCUGUUGUCUGGUUCGUCGAAGGCGAUCCUAGGGUGCCGAGAAUUUUACGACACAUUGAAUUAAUUGAUGACGAAGCUGCAGAAUAUGGUAUAAAAGUGGUUAAAUGUAAUGAUAGAUUAAUGGCAAAAAAACAUGGAUUUCGAAGUCCUCCUGGUAUCACAUAUUUCCGAAAGAGCAAAUAUAUAAACUAUGACGGUGACAUAGACGACGAUGAAGAAGUUCUAGAUUGGCUCACCGAUCCAUCUAACAUGGAGUUGACCGAACACAUAGAAAAAGUUAACAGAAAAAUGUUUUCUAAAAUUAGGCAGAGUUCAGAAAACGUAGCAGUGUUCUUUUACAGUGACGAUUGCAAACAAUGCAAACAAGUACUGGCUGAGAUCGAACAUAUCGACGACGAUGCGGAUGGUGCUGGAAUUGAUUUUGUUAAAAUCGACGACAAACAGAUGGCAAAAGAGUGUGGGGUAUUUGCCUUACCAGCCAUAGUGUUCUUCAAACUCGGGUCGAAAGAACCUACAAUUUAUGCAGGAAAUCUAUAUGAAGAAGCAGAUAUAUUAAAUUGGCUACUUGUUCAAAAGAACCCUCACGGUGAAAUAAUUGAAGAAAUAAACGGCCAAGAUUUAAAGAACGCCAUAGCCACUUCGGAAUCAAUCGCAGUAUUUUUCUGGAAUGGAACGCUGUGCGAACGCUGUAAGGCGUCCAACACCAAAGCGUUUCGUAGACAUCAUAAAACACAACCACAAAACGGUGUCCAUAGCGAUGUGAAAAAAAAAGAAGCGAAACCAGAAAUUGUGAUGGAAUCAGUCACCAGAGAAGAUGAUAGUAAAAAAACCGGUGUUGUUGAUGAAGAUGAUGAUGGUGAUGAUGAUGUUGAUGAUGAUGAUGAUAACGAUAUUGAUAAUGAUAAUAUGGAAAAUAAUAAUGAUAUUCAUUCUAAUAUUCAAGGAAGCAAUAACAAUGAUAGUGAAGAUGAAUGUGACUCGUGUACAAGUAUUUUAGAAGAACUAGAAAAUAUUGACGACGAUUGUGAACGACAUGGGAUUACUUUUAUUAAAACACAAGAUAUUGACGCUGCUGAGCAAUAUGGUGUAUCAAAAUUACCGGCGUUGGUCUACUUCGAGCAUUCGGUACCAAAUUUAUUCGGAGGAGAUUUGAAGGAAGAAGAAGAAGUUCUUCAAUGGUUAAUAACACAAAGAACUGAGGACAGAAUUGAAUUGGUCACAAGAUCGAUGUUAGAAUCAAUUGUUCAAGAAACUCAAUACUUGGCUGUAUAUUUUUAUAAACAAGCAUGUCAUGUUUGCGAUCAAAUUUUAGAAGAUUUAGAACGAGUAGACGACGAGUGCGAUCUAUAUGGCAUACACAUGGUAAAGAUUCAAGAUCCACAAUUAGCCAAAAGAUAUUCAAUCAAGACAUUCCCAGCACUCGUAUACUUUAGAAACGGAAAUCCUCUACUAUAUGAUGGUGAUUUACAAAAUGAGGAAUCAGUUCUUGAAUGGCUAAUAGAUGACGACAAUCGUGAACUCGCAGAUGAAAUCGAAGAGGUAAAUAGUCGUAUGCUAGAAAGACUAUUGGACGAAUCAUUACUACUAGCAGUGUUUUUCUACGAUGAAAACUGUGAAGAAUGUGAUGGUAUUUUAGAAGAACUAGAAAUAAUUGACGGUGAAGCAGAUUUAUUCGGUAUCGACAUGGUUAAAAUAUCAGAUCCAGAAGUGGCUUCAAAAUACAACAUUAUAAGUUUACCAUCAUUGGUAUAUUUUAGAAAGAGAGUGCCUGAAAUAUUUGACGGAGAUUUGAGUGAUGAAGAUAAGGUGUUAUCGUGGUUAACUUCACAGGAUGUGUUUGAAAUAAAAAAUGAAAUUGAUGAGGUAAACAAGAAAAUGCUAACGAAAUUACUUAAUGAAAAUGAAUUCGUGACGGUGUUUUUCUACGAAAACGAUGUACCCGAAAGUGCCGAAGUGCUGUCGAGGCUGGAGACUAUAGAUGACGAAACGAACAACAUGGACAUCACUUUUGUCAAGAUGGCCGACGCCCGUUAUGCACGUAAAUGGGGUGUUACUAAGCUUCCGGCAAUUGUCUACUUCCGCAAUAAGUUUCCGAGUGUAUACAGAGGAAGUCUGGAUACCGAACUCGAGGUGCUCGAGUGGUUGAAGAAAACCCGUUUCCGAGAACCAGAGCUCAAUCUAUUCAUGUACGUGAUGAUCACAAUAUCGUUGGCUUUCGUACUCUACACGGUACUGCUUGUGUACGGGCUUCAAAAAGAUCACGAUGACUCCCGCCAAACCGACACCAUCGACGACGUCGUCAACGUCGUCAUGAUAAUAUUAAUUGUAAUAUUGGCACAAUGUUAUCGGAAUAUUACAUAG